AUGCCAAAACAAAAUAAACAUAGUCAACACUGUACUAAAGCCAUUAAAAAGCAGUGGAAAAAAGAUGAUGAUAAUGAAAUAUCAGAUUAUGAAUCUAAUAAUGCUGGAAAUGAAACUUUUUUAGAAGCAUUGCAAAGUCUAAGACCAGAAGUGUUUGAAAAGCUUAUUGAAAAACUUUCAUUUGAUGAUGAUACUAAAUUUUUGUCUAAUGAGUAUGAGGAACUGUUGUCUAAUGAGAAUGAUGAAUUUUCAUCUAAUGAGAAUAAUGAGUUUUCAUCUAAUAUAGAUACUAAGCUUUCGUCUAAAGAGAAUAAUGAGCUUUCAUCUGAUGCAAAUACUGAGCUUUCAUCUAAAGAGAAUAAUAAAUGUUUAUUUUAUAUGAAUGAUGAUGAAGUUAAUGAUAUGAACAAUUGCAAUAAACUGUAUAAUGAACUUUCGUAUGAUGAAGUAAUCAAUUCUAGUGAUGAAGAUGAAAAUAAUGAGUUUAGCUUAGAAGCACUUGAUUCAUUAAUAAAAGAAAAUUCUUUUGAUAUUAGACUUCGCACGUGGUUAAGUAAAGGUGAAAUUUCUACAUCACGUUAUGGAUGUCAUGUAAAAACAAAGUCGUUACUGUCUCAUGAAGACUUUAAAUCAAACAUUACACAAAAUUUGCAUGCAAAUAAAUUUAAAAUAACCCCUAAGCAGUUUACAAUUGGUCUACUUUGCCUUUCGCAAGAAGAAAAAGAAGCAAAUAAUUUACUUCUUAACAACGAACGCCUUCCUUAUACUGAUGCAUGCAUUAUUGUUUACCCAGGCCUUAACCAAGAUGGCUGUUGUAACCACAAUUCAUUUGCUAAAGAUGCAUUGUUAGUUUCUCGAAUAAAUAUGAAAGAUGGAGGAAAAAGACCACUCCUUUGUAAUGGCAGAAUGCAUAAUGGUUCUAUUCACAUUAUGACAUUUGUAGAUCAAGAUAAUAAACUAAAGCCAAAAGGUAUCAAAUGUGUUCUUCAAGAAUGUGGUUUGUGGGUGCUUGGUUUAACAAGAGAACGCGAUGGGUGUAAAGCAGGUGCUUCGACCAACCUACAAUAUUGUGCAACAAAUAUUCUUAAAAGUUAG